AUGACAUGCAAAAAAAAAAAAAAAGCGCUUUGAGUGGUCAGAAGACUAGAGAAGAGAAAGUACAGUCCAUUUACUAUUACCAUUUUUGUCAAGGUUUGUAACCAAGUUAUUUUUGUCAUCAAUUAAUCUAUUGAUUGAUUUUUGGAUUGAUCAGUUAUAUUUGCUUAGUCUAUAGAAUGUCCAUAAUAGUGAAAAAUGCCAAUCACAACUGACCAUAGCACACGUUAACGUCUUCAAAAUGCUUGUGUCCAAAGCCCGAAAAUAUAAAAUUUACAAUAGAAACAGAAUAAAAGCAGUUUCUCACUAGUUUGAUGUGAAAUCGCAGUGCAGAAAUACAGAAAAUCUACUCUGCACAAAGGUUCCGAGCAAGUUGCUGUUACCGUGUUCCAUUUUCUCUGUGUCCACUCCACACAACAAAAACACUAUUCGGACCCCAAAUUUGAUGGCAAUGCAAAUGUUAGCAGUUGUGGCUAGCCCCAGCAUAACGUUGGCAAGUGCAUAUCAGCUACUUUACCAUCUUCAUCGAAUCCCAGCUGGUGGGUGAACUAACGCCAUGUAUUCUCCUUUAUUUGGUUGUUGAGGUAAGAAAGUGUUAGUCGUACAUUACUGGAUGUUGAGAGGGGGACAUUGUUCUGAAAGCCUAUUAUUUUGGAACACCAAGGCUGCAUUCAAAACGGCGUACGUACGGAUUUAGCCCAAAUAUAGCAAAACAAAAGCAAAAUCUACAGUAUACCAAAAACAGAUGUCACUCAUUUGGAAAAAAAUCUCCAGUAUGUAUCAGACCACUACCUUGCCUAAUGUAUCCCACAAUGCAAAGCGCUGGAACGGCACAGACUAUGGUCACAACUACAGUGGCCAAAAAGUGUUUUAUAAUUUCCGUAUGCUAUUGCAUCACUAAAUUCACUUCUGAGAAUUUUUGAAGUGAGAAAUCAACUACGUAGAUUUCAAAUUGUUGGCAGUUUCAUGAAAAUUGAUGGCGAAUCAAAAAUUGGCUCCAAUGUUGUCAGUGUCUCCACCAACAGUUAGCGCGUACCAGGGCCGCUAGCUCGAUCCUCGCAGAUCUCAUAUAAUGUACUGGGAUCUGCGUUUUUGAAAAUCUCAACAAACUCCACAAGCGCCUUCCAGUGUAUCCCGUUCUACAGAGCAGGCAGUGGUGAGGGAAACCAUGCAGUAUUUUAAACAGACAUUGGUCAUAAACAAAGCUCAAUAAGUUGCAGUUUUCCAUAAUAUUGGUAUGUGUUAGUUUUUUGUCCAGUGCUUUAAGAGCUCUUGCAAAGGCUACACUGCAAAACAAUUUAACAGUUUCAUACUGCGUAUUACUGACAAACUGUUUGUUGGAGGCGCUUCUGAAUACAGCCCAAUGUCAGAAAAACAUCCUGCUUUAAAGCAGUAACAUAAAUAACUCACUGGGAAAUAGUGUACUUUUUUACUUCACUACAUUUUUCAAAUAACUGAAGUUACAGAUUCAGAGUAUCAUUACACUGUAGUAUUGCUACUUUUACUGAGUACUUCAUCCACCUCUGUAUGAUAACAUUAGUUUAAUGACAUCGUGACAAGGACCCUCUCCAUUGCAGGCAUUUGUGGACUGUUCGAGACAAUAAGAGACUCGCACACAGAGUUGAAUGUUUAUUGUACAGUUCUGAUAUGGUCUCAGGAGUAAUUAUUGAAGGUCGGGCCUGUAGACAAACAUAUGUGGUUUAGUUAUCUUUAACUAAAAUGAUUGAAUAUAUUAAUAGUGCUGUCAAAUAACCUGCAUGUUCAAAGCACUUACCUCUGCUGUGUCUCCUCUCCAGGGUGUUCGUCCUAAAAGAGUCCCCAGGCUACAAGAGCACCAUUUUAUAGUUCCGGGAAGGUACCAUGUGGUAAUUACUAGAGGGGAAAAUUGAAUCCUCUAUCCUCUAUUCGGACCGGAUAUGAUCUCUAUGGUGAUGUCUUACUACAAUAGAGAUCAUAUAGAUAAUUGACCUUAGAAUGUUAGGCAUCCAUUUCAAUGUACUUGUUGUAGAUUAGGGGAUUGUGUUGUAGAGUAAGGGGCAGAGUCACCUAUCUUACAGUGAUGUGGAGGUCCUCGUUAGUGGCAGACUAUAUAAGGCUGCCACAAUUACAUCUAGUGCUGCUGCUGCCAGGACCACAUGCUGCCCGUGGUCCCUGAAAGAGUUAUGCCAUGCAUUUGCUUGUGUUGUCGGUGAAAUAAACACCUGGUUGGUUUACACGUACUCUCUGUGUCUGUCCUCCUGCUUCCGAAGUCCGGCCGCUGCGUGCCAGCCUAACAGACAUAUUAACAAGGGUUUUCCUUGACACACACAAUUUUCAGAUACAGUUGAUGCAGUGUCUCUAUCAUCUUCUGUGUGUCUGCGUGUCUGUCUCUGUGUGUCGGUCUGUCUGACUGUGCAUGUGUCCACUGUGACUUUGAGUUUUGACCUAAAAUGAGCCAUUAAUUGUUGGUUUUGGAGCCACGCUAUAAGGUAAUGUUAUACAACGUGAGGUUUGUAAAAUAAAACGGCACCUACAAUCAUGACAGAAAUAUGUCAUGUUAUGAAUAAAAUCAUAUAGGUUAACUUCAUACCCUUCCUUUUCUUGAACACAGACUGACUCUGCGGAUGUGAAAUACAGCUAGUUGUGCAUUGAGUUACUGCUAUUGUUAACACUGAGCCUAUGUGACGCAGCACACACACACACAGAGAGUGGGAUGGCAGACUUCCUCUCCACAUGGAGACAUUUGUCCUGACCUGAUGACUCAUUCAGCUAUGAGUCCAAUGCUGCCGCUAUAUAAACACAGAAGCAGCUUUCUUUGUGGUAAACAGGCUGACACAUAGAUGUUCUGACUGGAUAACAGAGCUGAGAGCAGAAAGACAGUGACACUGCUGUUAGCUGCUGCUGUUCUUGUCCCACAUGAGCGUCCGUUCCCAAGCUUUUUCUUCCGGUCCCUCCCCUAAAACAGUCCCUAACAUGAGUUCCUCUCCACUGGUGUCUCGAGCCAACAUGGACAUCCUGGACGAGCUGCAACUAAUCGCAGCGCAGAACCUGGAGAGGCUGGAGGUCAACAAGUACUACGAGGUGAUCAGGGAGCUGGGCAAGGGCACCUAUGGCAAGGUGGACUUGGUCAUCCACAAGAUCCGAGGUACAAAAAUGGCACUGAAGUUCCUGAAGAAGAAGACAACCAAGCUCAAGUCGUUCCUGCGAGAGUACAGCAUCUCACUCUACCUGUCGCCCUGUCCUUUCAUCAUCAACAUGUUCGGCAUCGCCUUCGAGACAGACGACUACUAUGUGUUUGCACAGGAGUAUGCUCUGGCAGGGGACCUCUUCGAUAUAAUUCCUCCACAGGUCGGUCUUCCUGAGGCGGUGGCAAAGCGCUGUGUGCACCAAGUAGCCAUUGCUCUGGACUACCUGCACUGUAAGAAGCUGGUCCACAGGGACAUCAAGCCUGAAAACAUCCUUAUUUUUGACCGAGAGUGCCGCAAGGUCAAGCUGUCAGAUUUCGGCAUGACCCGCCGAGCUGGCUCACCUGUGAAAAGAGUGAGUGGCACCAUCCCCUACACGGCCCCAGAGCUCUGCGACGUGUCCCGCCACGAGGGAUUCUGCGUGGACUACAGCACUGACGUCUGGGCUUUCGGUGUGCUGCUCUUCUGCAUGCUGACCGGCAACUUCCCCUGGGAGAAGGCGCUGCCCUCCGACUCCUUCUACCAGGAGUUCAUUCGCUGGCAGAGGAGGAGGACGAACACGGUGCCGUCCCAGUGGAGGCGCUUCACUGAGCAGGCCCUCCGCAUGUUCCGCCGGCUGCUCUCUGUGGAACAGGACCGCCGCUGCUCCGUAAAAGAGGUCUUCGGUUACUUCAGCCACUCCUGGAUGCUGGACGCAGAGAACAACAACAACAACGGCAACAGCGGAGGUGGUGGAGAGAGGGUUGGCAGUGGAGGAGGAGGGGUGCGGGGAGAGGUGGACGGAACUAUCUCGUCAUCUUCAUCCGGGGAGGAAGACGAGGAGCUUCUUGUGGAGAGGAUGAAGCAACAGACUUUAUCUCCUCUCUCUCCUAUGUCUCCUGUGGCCGUGGAGAGGGGAAGCAGGGGUGGGGGUGGGGCUAAGGGCGGGAUGAUGGAACCAGGCAGCGGCCACCAUUUUGUGUCCGUCUCCACCAACAGCUCCGUGUCGUCCACCAACAGUUACGAUCGAAUGCCGCGAGAGAACAGUUCACCAGGUGGCAGCAUGCUGGUGGCCACGCCCAUUGAAAUCUGCGUCUGAGUUGGUCAGAUCGUUAACGUCGUCACGGACUGGUACACACUUUAUACCUCUCAUCUAACCACGUAGAUGUGUAUGCAUGGAAAAAUAAACAAAAACAGACAAUGAGUACUAACGCGUAUCCUGCUCCAAACGUCUUUGGGGAGAAAGAGCAAACACGGUACACAUAACAGAAAAUAUUUGUACAAUACAUUCCUCAUGAAGUAGGAUUUUUGGUCAAAGUGAGGAGCCCCAUUUACACUUUGAUUUGAGGGAUGUGCAAAUGCAGCUUCAUGAAACCCAGAGGAAAAGUAAAAAAUUGCUUCCAUUAGAGAUUCUGUCACUAAAACUAUCCGAAAGAACAAAUUGUAUUUCUUAAAGCAAUACUUCCAGCAAAAAAGCAAAUAGAGGCACACAAGUGGCAGAGUGUUGUGUGAUUUCUUCUCUGUGACCAGGUGUCAUUUCUGAGUGAAGACAAAGGAUUUGUAUUUUUGAAAAAGACUAAAACAGAGCUCAAGAAGACAACUUGUAAGACACAAACGAGCAAACGGUGGUUUUAAAUGUUUCAUGUUUAACAAAAAUGUGAAAGUGUGAGUGUGUUUGUUUGUAUUAGUGUUCUGUGUGUUUGAGUCCAAAAGAGGUGGAUUUAUUUUCCUUUGAGAGUUUUAUUAUUUAUUUGAAUCAAAAAUAGACUACACACUAUUCUUUCUGUUGUUUCUCGUACAGCAGCUUUCUUUGUUAUCCUUGGACUGCACAUUGUGUUUUGGUGUUCUGGCAUAGCUGUGCCAAAUCCAUGGCUGUAUGAACAGUUGUAUAUCAUGUAUGAGGUUUGACCAAAGGUUUUCAGAAGGAAUAUUAGACCACUGUGUAUAGUCAGUAUACCAGUGUGUCCAUGAGCUGAGACAAGGCUUAUGAUGUCUCUGUUCUUCAUGUCAAACAUGAACACUUCAUAGAUGGAAGACGAUUUUCUACUCUCCAAAUUCAGUUUGUACAGCUUGAUUUCUUUGAAAAGUUUUCUUAAAAAAUUCAGUUUGUAUUGCUUAUGUUUUCUUCAAAACUUUUAGCAAAAUGUAUUGUCUGAAAACAAAAGAGAAAAAAAUCACUCAGCCUUUUAGUCCAAUCUGAAGAAGAAGAAAAAUCACAGAAGAUUUGAAAGAGUCACCUUUUAUAAAUUGCAUGAGUCGCUAAAAUUGUCUUUACAAAUAAUUUGAACAUGCUUUACAAAACAAUACUGAGGAAAAAGGAUAAAAAGAAAAGUCAAGUGUAUUGAUGUGGACUUUUUGCCGUAGCAACAUGACGUUGUCCCUGAGUGAAUAUUGCCAUAAUAUGAUCUUUUGAGACAUCCUAGGGCUAAAACAUUAGUUAGUUAGUUUCGAAUAGUGUGUUGUAUUUGUAUUGCUAAUAAUGCUGUGUACUCAUUUCACCACCUCCAGGAACAGAAAAGAAGCAAAGCAUGAAGACACAGAGUGAGAGGCUUGAAUUUAAACCACAGGUAGGGAAUUAGUUCAUGUCAUUUUUGCUUCUAAAUUUUAUCUAUCAAGUUCAAAUGAACAGAAAAAAAACAAUCCAUUCCUUUCUUUGACUUGAUAUUAUCGAAUCAGUUUGAAGAAAAAAAUGUAUAGGAAUGGGCAUUUUGUAUGUUGCUUUCCAGACAUGAACCCGCAUGAACUUGUAUGUGCUAAAGCUCUGUUGUGAAAACCUGCUCAGUGUUUCUCCUGUCACAAGCUGUAGAGAAAUAACUUCAAAUAACAUGUUCCUUCAUCUUGUGAGAGUCAGCAGCUUCAGCUGCCUGACUGAGGAUUAGCUAAACUCCGUUCAACACGUACAGAAUCCCUCUGGAUCAUGUUCAUCAAAGCUGCUCCCGAUCAUCGAGCGAGUAUGCAAAUGACUACAUCUUGUGACAAUCUCUGACCUCAUUGGAAGCCUUCUGACUCAGAACAAAGGACGGUCCUGAUACAGACACUGGAGCCGGUUGCUCCCCAAGCAGCAGUGGCUCUGCAGUAUUUACUGUGAAAUCUCCAGCACAUCACAUGACUGUAUGAAGAGAGGCCACAGGGCUGUACAUUACCUCAUCAUGGCACUCUUGGUUUCCCCCUAAAACCGCCCUCUUACUUCUCCUUAGCCCUUCCCAGAUGUAUCCUCAGUGAAUCAAAUGUCUAUCUUAACUAUUUAGUCUCCUUAAAGGUGAAACAUUCUGUAAAUCUGGCUGUUACUCAGACAAGGAGAGGACAGUGAUGGCCUCUAGGGCUGCCACCUUUUGAAAAAAAAAAAAAAAGAGAAUCAACAUGUAAUUUGUUUAAAUGAUAUGGAACACAAUCCACGUAGUAUAAUCACAAAACAUGCACACAUUCUGUUCACUGUUUCUGCAGUAAACAACUUUACCUCUAUCUAAGAUUUUUCCAUCUAUGGUGUCAUAUCCAAAAUCUUUCCACAAAUGACUUCUCUCAUUGGUUUGCUGUCAUGGUUCUGUGAUCUGUUGAGCACAGCUCCUGGUUUCCUCCAUUUUUCAUGAGUGUAGAUAACAACUGUGUAGUUUACUGAUAAGGAAACAGGGCAGGCAAAUAGAUCAGUGAGUGUAUUUCUGCCUUUUUACGCUUUUACACAGAUCAUUUUGAAUUCAGUUAAUUCAUUCUUAUUCAUCCUUAUUGAAUAGUAUUUAUUUUAUGGUGCUCAAAUGGUAAGAGUUAAAAAGCUGCAGCCCUACUGGGCAGAAUAGAGACUAAAGCCUGAUCUUCCCAUUGGCCAUCACCAUUCUGAUCAUCCUUUGGUUUUUGUUCUUUUGUGGGACCUUUCCUGCAAAUUGCUAAAUUAGCCAACCAACUUUUUCAUGUUAAUAUGGAGUCCCUUUCCCUUUUAAGAUAAGAUAGACUUCAUUGUCCCGAAGGAAAUUUGUCUUGGAAACAUACAUACAGUGUCUGCUGUUAAAACAGCUGUUUUCUUCCAUCGGUCGCUGCUACCUCCUCACCUCAUCCAUAACGUAAUGUGUUGUAACGGAGUUCCAGUGUCUUUCUGUACAGUGACUCAUUUCAAAGCAUCCUGUUUUUGGUGGCGUUUUAGUGAUUAGAUGACCACAGCACUAGAACUCGUAUCCGGUUUUGUCUUUGCAAUACAACAGUCUUCCUGUAAACUGAGAUUUAGUCAUUAAAAUGAGAAUUCUUGUUGCAGUGAUCUUUGAUAAUGUUGUUUCUCCAGUCUUCUGUGACGCAUUAGGACAUACUGUAGAUGGAGUUAAUAGUUCAUAUGUACAGUACAGUGUUUAAGUUUGUAGUAUCCCAGGAGAUACAGUAUUACAAUAUAUUGAAUUUGUGGUGGCAUGUUCACAUCAGAUCCAUACAGAAACUGGAUAUUUAAUAUUGUAUCUUUAUUUCUCGUCUUUCAAUUUUGUAAGACAAAAAGUAAAGAAAGCCAGAUUCAAUAUUAAUUUAUUAAAUGUUUAAAAGAUGAUUAAAUAAAUAAGACUUUGAGUCAUGUUACACAUAUGAA